AUGGUGUUGGUUACGUGGGUUUGGUUGAUGCCGGUUGUUCAGGCAGUCGGGGAAAAGUACUGUUCGAGUCAGAAUACGGGCUCAGGGGAUGGUUCUUCAUGGCUGUAUCAGAGCAAUGGAUGGUGUUCAGACCAUUGUGCUGGGUCUCAGUAUGCUAUCAUACAGGGAGCGAAUUGCUGGUGUUCUGAGUCUGCGCCGGGCAGUGUUGUGUCGUUGAGCGAUUGCAGUGAUCCGUGUAUCGGGUAUCCGGCGGAGAGAUGUGGGAACAAGGAUGCGGGAUUGUUCCAGUAUCUGUAUUUGGGACAAGGUUCGCCGCCGAGUUUUGUGACGAGUGUAUCGAGCAGUGCGAGUUCGACUGCGAGUUUCAGCUCGGGUUCAACGAGCUCGAGCAGUGAGACAAGCAGUGUGAGCACGAUGAGCAGUUUGAGCAGCUCGGGGAGUUCGAGUACAUCGAGCUCCAGCAGCACCAGCGCGAGUUCAUCGACGACAACAACGUCCUCCACAAGCACCAGCGCGAGUAGUUCAUCGACCACAACAACGUCCUCCACAAGCACCAGCGCGAGUAGUUCAUCGACCACAACAAUGUCCUCCACAAGCACCUCUAGCACAUCUAGCACCUCUUCAUCCAGUACCUCCAGCACGUCGAGCUCCAGCACCUCAAGUAGCUCGAGCUCCAGCAGUACAAGCGCUUCCAGCUCAUCCUCCAGUACCCUAAUUGUCGCCUCCAGUUCCUCCUCUACUCCGGCGACUUCCUCUUCGCCCAGACCUACGUCCCCCGUGCAAACGCAGUACUCCACCUCCGUCAUUGGGUUCACCUCCGUGGUCUACUCGGUGCUGACGUUGACGCAAACGCAGACAACCCUCGACGGCAGCUCAGGCAACUUCACCACGCAAUUGACACAUGUCUCGCAGCUUGUGACCACUAUGACCAUGGUUGUCACUACGUCGUCCUCCUCAGCUACAGUCGUCGCACUUGCUCCUUCAAACGUCAACAAAUCAAACAACUCCGAUAGCAACGACUAUUGGCAUUCUCCCGGCAAAGUGGCUGGCACAUUCGUUGCUGUCGGAGUAGUCGUUCUAGCAAUCAUCCUCCUACUUCUCUGGUUCUUCUUGAUCAGGCCCAGAAAACAAAAGAGAGACUUCGAGGAACAAUACAACGAGGCUGUACUCUCACCAAGACGUCACGAUCAGUCCAGCGGUGCCGACUCGGUCAACUACGGCGGUAACCGCUCGUCCUCUGGCUCGCAAGGCUUUGUCUACGCGGACGAGAAGGGAAUUUUCGAGCCAACCUUGAGGUCCAAGAGACCGUCCUUCGACGACGACUCCCUAGAUUUUACAACUGCACAGCCUGUGAUAAUGGACCAAAGGCUGGAUCCAAACCAGGUGCUGUCCGAGAUCUGCCACAGUAACUCGAAAGUCUCCCUUGCGGAUGACAUCGAUUACUCCAGAAAGGUUCUCAGAGUAAUAAACGAGUAA